AUGCGCGCGCACGCUGGUGCACGCUCAUGUAUGUACAUAUAUGUGCUCGUGUGCUGUGUGACAUGCCCUUCCACGCCUGCUGGCACUCUCUGGCGCCCUCUCACGUACACACAGGCAGUCUAUGGGGACGUACCAUCGCGUCCCGGGGCCACCUGGCAGGCAGGGGCUGGGGAGCUCUGCUGCUGCCCACGGCCGGGCCCCGCUGGGCCGGAGACCCGGUGCGCCGAGGACACCCGGGCUGGACCUGCGGCCUCUCCCACUCCCCGCACGCUGCGGGCCCCAGGUGGGCUGCUCACCCUCUCUGCCUCUAAAUGUGGCUCCAUGACCCCUGUGGUCCCUGCCAGGUCAUUUUCUUCCAGAGCCCUGGCCACUCCCAGCCCUACCAGGUGCCGGGGGUCCAGAAGCCCAGCCCCUGUCCAGGUCCCCGACCACUCCCCCCUGGGCCAUACGUCCCAGCAUGCUUUGCAGGCAAAAAACGGCAGGGGCAGGUCGCCUAUUCCGGAGCCUCUCUUGACCCCAUCACCUGCCCUCCCAGAGGGGCUCUGGGUCCCAGAGUGCUCUCGUGGUGGGCGCCCAGGCAGUUCCGGGACCCAAGAAGGGACUGAGCUCGGGGCCACAGAGGAUUUUCAGGAAGCCAAGGCAUCCAAGUUAAGGCCUUGGCUCAGCUUUGCCAGGGCAGCUGCCUGGAUCAUGCUGUCCCUCACUUCUGGAGGACCAGAAGCCUGGCUGCCCCUCACCUCUCUGGACUUGUGCCCGUGCUGGGCCCUCUGCCUACAGCAGCACCACCCUGAUCCGUUCCAGCUCAGAUCUGUCUUCAGACUCGGGCUCAGCUGUCCCCUCUCUGGAGAGCCCCUGAUCACACAGAGUCGUGACUGCCAGUUUUCACGUCUCUCUCCACUGGACUGAUGAGUUUUCUUAGGGGCAAGGACCGUGUCUCAUUUGCCUCCCCACCCCCUGUCCCUGGCAAAGCGCAAUCAUUUAAUAAACAGGU